CGGGCACGUGAGUGGAGGCGGCGUUGUUAACCGCGGUGUGGGGAGGAUUUGGCCGUCCUGAGGCAGCGGGGCGCUGGGAGGGCGAGCGGCUCACGGGAGGGGUAUGGCCUGCACAGAUCAGAGGGCAGAGGUCUGCCAGCGAUCCUUUGCUGAGCGCUGGAAGGGGGUCGCCCGUGGGAAUCGUCCUGUCAGACCUGAGGCAAAUCGUAGACAGCCUCACCUUGCGGUUCCAGAGCGCCUGGGAUCUCUACCUGGGCCGUGGACCACGUCCACGGGGUCGGGGGAUGGUUUGGGGGGCCUCGGGGCGCCCCUCACCCGUCCAAAGGCGGGACUUCCGGUCCUGGCCUCCGUCUGGGCGGGAUUUCCUGUUUUGUUCCUAGACCAGUGGGUCCUCCCUGGACCCCGGGCGAGGUUGGGAGGUCUCGGGGCAGCUGAGCGUGGCCCCAGGCACUCACCCCAUGGCUACCGCGUUCAUGCUCAGGUUCCUCACAUCUUGGGGUGUGGGGUACUAAAAUUUCGACAGGAGGGGUGGUUCCACCCCUCUCCUCCUUAGCUCUCUUCCCUCCUCCCUGCAUCCAAAGAGGACAGCCACAUCGUGCUUCCCCUCCUGUGGGGAACACGUCUCACUUUCCUCUCAUCUCUCCCUGAUCUUACACGAAACUCGUCUAUCGGGGCGGGUUCUUCCUCCAUCUCUCAGCUCCUUGGAGGAAACAGGACCUCCUCUAGAAGCUGAAGGGGCGCGGAUGGCGUCGGGGCGCCCCGAGGAGCUGUGGGAGGCCGUGGUGGGGGCCGCUGAGCGCUUCCGGGCCCGGACUGGCACGGAGCUGGUGCUGCUGACCGCGGCCCCGCCGCCACCACCCCGCCCGGGCCCCUGUGCCUAUGCUGCCCAUGGUCGAGGAGCCCUGGCCGAGGCAGCGCGCCGCUGCCUCCACGACAUCGCACUGGCCCACAGGGCUGCCACUGCUGCUCGGCCUCCUGCGCCCCCACCAGCACCACAGCCACCCAGUCCCACACCCAGCCCACCCCGGCCUACCCUGGCCAGAGAGGACAACGAGGAGGACGAGGAUGAGCCCACAGAGACAGAGACCUCCGGGGAGCAGCUGGGCAUCAGUGAUAAUGGAGGGCUCUUCGUGAUGGAUGAGGACGCCACCCUCCAGGACCUUCCCCCCUUCUGUGAGUCAGACCCCGAGAGUACAGACGAUGGCAGCCUGAGCGAGGAGACCCCCGCCGGCCCCCCCACCUGCUCAGUGCCCCCGGUCUCAGCCCUACCCACACAGCAGUACGCCAAGUCCCUGCCUGUGUCUGUGCCCGUCUGGGGCUUCAAGGAGAAGAGGACAGAGGCACGGUCAUCAGAUGAGGAGAAUGGGCCGCCCUCUUCGCCCGACCUGGACCGCAUCGCGGCGAGCAUGCGCGCGCUGGUGCUGCGAGAGGCCGAGGACACCCAGGUCUUCGGGGACCUGCCACGGCCGCGGCUUAACACCAGCGACUUCCAGAAGCUGAAGCGGAAAUAUUGAAGCCCAGGGAGGGAGCGUCCCGGGCCGCGUCCGCCCCAUCCCACACUACGCCCCCGCCCCACUCCCGGGGCCUGCUAAUCUGAGGCGGAUCCGGGACAGGCCUCCUUGCGUCUCCCAUUCCCAGGAUUGACCCGCUUCUGCCAAUCCCCGCCGUCCUUCCAGCCCACGACCUCCCGCGCCGAGGAGCGGGAUCUGUCCCGUUUCCCGAUUGGGUCUGUCUCCUCUCUCCGCCUAGCGACAGAUUCCUUCUAUUAAGGGAUUGGCUCGCUGAGUUCUAAGCUCUAAAUGGGUCAACUCCUUUGUUUUCCGCCUAGCGACAAGGGCUUUGCUCGCACGGCAUUGGCUCCAUCCCCUAGUCGCUGGACAGCUCUUUUUUUGAUUGGCUCAAAUCCUGUAAAGGGCUUGACCAGUCUCUACAUAGUCACCGUCCGCUUUUCCUGAGUACUCCCUCCCAAUUGGCUCCAGCUUCCUGGGGGCGUGGCCAAGCCCUCCUCUUCCCAGAAUUGGUCCGGGGCCUUCAAUUUACGUUCUUUACACUACGGGGACUGGGGUCGUCUUUGCCCAAGUCCCGACAACUUGUUCCCUGACCCCCUCAGGGAUGGCCCCAAACUGUCCCUGCCUCUGGCACCCCCUUUCAUUGGUUCCAUCCAUCCCCACAACAGCCUGCCAAUCGAAACCCGUCCCUGCAUCCAGGAUGGUACCAGCUCCCGCCCCUCGCCCCCCACCUCCACAGGUGCCUUAAAGGGCCCUCGUCCACCCAAGGUGGGGGGCAGGGGCCCUCACUCUCCGGCCCUGGUGUGGGGGAGAGAGUGAGGGGUUGGGGGAUCGGCAGUUGGGAGGGGCGCUCUGAGAUUAAAGAGUUUUACCUCUGAGAUAAA